AUCAAGUGUGGUGUGUAUGUGACUUUUUUUGUGGAUCCAACUUGUGCUUGCCUACCUGCGAUGGGUACAAUCAGGGAAGGACUCAGGAGAUGAUGUCCACAGCUCCACAGAAUGAACCAGGAGGGAGGGAAUACAGCAGGGAUGGCUUGUGGAUUUUGAAGGCUAUUGAGCUGGAGAAAUGAACGUGGGCACAGCUCACAGCGAAGUGAACCCCAACACUCGGGUCAUGAACAGUCGCGGCAUCUGGCUCUCCUAUGUCUUGGGAAUUGGCCUCCUGCACAUCAUUCUCCUCAGUAUCCCCUUCUUCAGCGUCCCGGUGGUCUGGACUCUAACCAACAUCAUUCACAAUAUGAGUAUGUACAUUUUCUUACACACGGUGAAAGGAACGCCAUUCGAGACCCCAGAUCAGGGGAAAGCCCGGCUCCUCACUCAUUGGGAACAGAUGGAUUAUGGUGUACAAUUCACUGCUUCUCGUAAAUUUCUGACUAUCACACCGAUUGUUCUUUAUUUUCUUACCAGCUUCUACACAAAAUACGACCGGAUACACUUCAUCAUCAACACCAUCUCCCUGAUGAGCGUCUUGAUCCCCAAACUGCCGCAGUUACAUGGAGUCCGUAUCUUUGGGAUCAACAAGUACUGAACUCAGAUGCCUUUAUUUGCCCUUCUGAUGAGCUGUGAGAGGCCAGUUAGAGGACUUCCUUUCUUUAGUUCUGGCUGCAUCUUCAGGAUACAGUUCCACAACGGCUCUUUUUAAAUGGGCACAUAUUCCACUGAAUGCCAGGAUUCGGCAAAACUCAACCAGCUCAAGAGGUCAUUGAAUCCUGGGUUGAGUUUAACUUGCAGAGAGACACAGGGGAAGUGAAAACAUUAUUAUUAGUAGUAGUCUCAUUUUCCUGUUCAGAAUCUGAAAAUUGCUGAAGACAACAUUGAAGUUUGGAAAGGUACUUAUAGCUUGUUCUCUGAAUAUGAGAGAUGUCCAGCCCUGCUGAACACUGAAAGCUGAACAUAGAUAGAAAGUAGGAGUCAUAAGGUGAUAUGUAGGAUGAUAGCAAAUGCACUUUAACACGAAACUGUCCCAUCUGGGGAAUUUUGACUUGUUGAAAGGGCUGUCUCAGAAAUUUUAAGACAUGCACUAGAAAUAACUUAAGCAAAUUUCUUUAUGGUCUGGAAACCUUAGUUGAUUGUUUAUUCCCUUUAAUUGUUUGGUAAGCAGGUGGGGGUGAAUCUUAUUACCUCCACGAAGGCUGGAGCUGUUCUCCGGUUACAGAGCUGUGCUCUUUCAAAAUUGUCUUUGCUUUUGCUCUAUGGGAAGUGGCUUUAUAGUAAAACAAAACAGGGUGAGAAGGAUGAGGGAAGAGAGAACAUUCUUGUGUUGCCUCUUGGGGCUUUCUGUCCUUGCUAGACAGUCGACAACCGAAUCACCUGUCUCUCAAAAUACAGGUGACCUAUUAUGAUCCUGCACAGUGACAGUGUUGUGGAAAAUCAGGGAUGACAUCAAGAAACUCAUGCUUCCUUGCCACACUUCUUUUUGGAAAUCUGAUGUAGAUCAAUACAUUUGAUUAGGUACGACUGUGUUGAUAGUACUGACCCAUGCCAGCACUGAAGUUCAUAGGGACCGAUCUGUUACUGCCCGUUGUGACCUGAAACUAAGAUGGUGCAUUUGUGUUUCCUUGACUUCUGCCAUUCAAGUGGCAUUAAGAGGACCACCACAUUAGAAUGAAGUUUGUCCUCCAUCACUUAGAAUAUAUAUAGCUUACCGUAUUCUUGACCUGAAAGGAUUGUGGCGCAUCAGACUACUUUCAAAAAAGCAAAAGAGUGUGGUUGAUAUUAGAGAUGGAAUGUUCGUAUUUGUCUGCUGGAGGAGACAAAUAUGAAUUUCACCGCCACGAAAUUUCUGUUUUGGACCCUUCCCACCUCCACAAACAGCCUGGUCCGCUCACCGAGCUUUGUGCUGCUGUAGUCGGUAACUGCGCCAAUUGCGGUAGCCUGGCCGGCACUUCCUCACCUCCCUGUAUUGCUGGCCACUCAGCAGCUGAGUGAGGAGACUUGCCACCCCACCUCCUUGCCAAAGUGGCCAGCAGCACAGAGAGAUGGGGAAGCGCUGGCCGGGCUACUUCCACGAUUGGUGGGAUGUGGCCAAUGACAGCCACGUGCACUGUGCGAAGCCCGCAGAGUGGACCGGGUUGGUUCUGGGGGGGGGAGAGAAUGGACCUCCAUGGCAUCUGUGGCACUGUGCUUCGUAUUUGUAUCCCCAAGGAUACGAUUACAAAGCUCCCGUGUCUGGUUGAUAUACGAAAGAAAGAGCAGCCUGUCUUCUACUAAUGAAGUCAUAAGUCGAUGGUUUCCAACUGCAGCUUUUUAUUAGCACGGGGGCAGAAGCAAGCAAAACAACAGUUCUGUGACCUAUGAUAUGGUAUGGCAUGUACCGAGGGCAAUAUUUAAAAGACAGUCUGGAACCCAGUUUACUGGACUUGAAAAAAGACAUUUCUGUUGAGAUUGGAUUAUUAGUGUCUUGAUAUGAGUUGGCUUUUUAUUGUCAAGGAUGCAGCCUAGUAAGGAGAAUUUAUAAGUAAUCCUCCCCCCACCUGUCAGAGAAAUGCACACAAAUGAUUUGUUAGAUUUGUUUAAUUCCAAUGUAAUGGAAUUAAACAAGGCUGGAGUAUUUCCUGGCAUUUUAUUUCUCAGAGUGCCUAAAACACGGACACCAGCAUUAUAACCUCACCUCUGUACUAGAAAAUAAUUCCUCUGCUUUCAGGAGUUUCUAAAGAGAGGACAUGUCUUCCUGCUACCAAAUCUGGCAUAAUCUCCUUUUUUUCAAAAAUUAAACCUAUUCUUUAAAAAAGGAGAAGAUUAAAUGAGAGGGACUAUGUACUCUCAUACACAAAGCUUGAAAGAAUGUGGGGAGAGAAGAGGGAAAUUGGGACCUUCAGAUUGCAAUGAAACUGCACUGGCAGUGUUACAGAUAGAGCUUGGGAAAGUUGCUCUUGGGGACUACAAAGCCAAUAACCUCACAAACAGUCUGAUCAAUGGCUGUCCUGGCCAUGGAGUUCUUUCGGUUGUAGUGCAAAAGAGUAACUUUCCUGAAGGCUAACUGGCAGACACGUUUGGAUGUUAUUCACUGUAUAGUUUGGCAGUCUUUGUACCACAGGUGACACAUCUAGUGUUUCAAUAAUAUACUGUUAAUGUAUUUUUGAUGGUAAUACGUGUUUGGCAAUAUUUACAGAGCAUCUAAAACAUCUAGUGUUUCCGUAAUAAUAUAGUUAGCAUAUUAUUAUUAUUAAAGUAGAGGCCUCUUCCUGCUUCUGGGCUUGAGUACAGAGAUGGAAAACUUUUCCCUUCUGGACUACAUUUCCCACGAUCCCACAGCCAGCAUGGCUGUGGCAAUGUCCAUCCUGGCUUUGGGAUUCUGGGAAAUGUAGUCCAGAAAGGCAGCAUCUCCUGUCUCUGUUCUAGAGCAUGAGUAUGACUCUAAUGACCUGACCCUGGCGACUGCUUACUUUCCAGACCUAGCCCAGAGGAAGGCCACCCCAUGCUAUCAUUGGGACGCAUCAAUCCCUUGUCAUGUUGAUAUAUGAUUAUGGUUAUUAUUGAAACUGACAAUUAUAAUCAAGUGCAGGCACAUGACUUUGCAAACUAGGAAGGCAGUAGUCACUUUAAAAAUAUCGGUAAACUAUAUCCUGGUGAUGACGAGCUUUGUUCAGAACUUGUCAUCCAACUACAGAGAAGGAGGCUGGAUCCUCCCAUUGUAGUUCUUCUCCAAGAGAAGGAAGUGACCUUCCCAGCCCAGUGCUGCUGUCUGCAAAGUGGCACAAAGGAUUAACUUAGUAAGCUAUUCACCAAAAUCUUGAGAAGAUUCUGGACUGCUGUUAAGUUCCAAUAGAGCCUGUGUUUUCAAUCCUGUCAACAAUAUCUCAAAGGCAAGGUUCCUUUCCAUAUUUACAAAAAGGGGAAAUAACAAGAAUAAAUAACAAGAGAACUAUACUAAGGAAGAAAGGCAAAUAUGUUUAUCCAUUGGCAUUUUGCUUAAGACAAACAAAUUUAGAAAGGCUUAAUGAAUUGGAUGUGGGAGUUUUUAUGUUUUGCUGUUAUGGGAGCUUUUGCUUUAGUUUUGUUUAAUUUUCUCCCCACUACUUCCUUUCUUUUUUUUUAAUGCCACUCUUUGUCUGAUGGUGACAUUUACUGAGAUGUUGAAAUAUGUGGUGAAAGGCUGAUUCCUCGUUCUUAGAGAUCUGUACCAUUGGGGGGGCAGGGUGCUUACAGUGCGACUGGUUGUCCCCCGGCCAGAAACUGAAUUCCAGUAAUGAUGUUGCAAAAUGAGCGAACGCACAAUUUGAACACCAGCUCUUGCUUUGACGAUAAAGCAAAAUAAGCAGAAGAAAUGAUCUCUUGAUCAGUGUUAUGCAUGGCUGUAGAAUGAAUUCACUUUAAAGGGCUUGUAUAUGUAUUUAUUAGCACUAUUCCAGUGUGGAUUGCUAUGGUCUUGAACAUCGUUCAAGGCUGCACUCUUCUGAAACACAAUCAGAAACCUUAUUUUUCAAGGGGGGGGAGUCGUUGUUAUUUGAAAAGAAAAGGGCUCAUGAAGGUUGUAUAUAUGUGUUUGUCAGUGUUCAUGAGACUUCUCUGUAAGCUCCUGUCAUCACAUUUUUCAUCUUUCUAAGUUGUAGUGAGCAAUCAUGGCCUUUUCGAUCUUAGCCCACCAGGAUCUCAGCUUAUUGGCGACAAGAAGCAUGCUGGCAUAUACUGCUUGAUCAUUCCCCCUUGGAGCAGAAGCAGCUAUAGAAACCACAGACCUUCUAGCCAUGGUUAGUUUGUUGUUGUAAUUUCCAAACUUGUCAGGAGCUAGCCCUCUUGCCUGUCUCUUCUGCAACAAGCUGGAGAAAAAUAAACCAGAAUGCUUAGUGGGAUUGUCUCUGGCUUGUAGAGGCAGACAAAGCACAGAGUGCUGGCUCUUACUAGGUUUAGACGUCACAAUAAACUACAGACACAAAGUCUGCUUAAACGGGAAUGCUUGGCCAGUGAAGACCAGCAUGUUGGUUUGCCCACGGAAAGCUGGAAUUGCUUAGAAGUCUUCCGUGAUGUAACAAUCAAGCAUGCCCAAUAUCUUUCAGUGUUUAUAAGAAUUCCUGAAAGUACUACUGCUGCUGCUACAGAAGAAAAGGAUAGUAGUGGUUAGAAUUUUCUUUAUGAAAACUGUAAUGCAAUCUUUUACAAUACAAGAGCUGCCCAGUUAGACCUCUGGCAAAGGUUAUAGCUACUGGAGGAAAGGGAAUUGAACUGAAGCCUAUUCCAGAGAUCUUGAUGAAGUUGAAAUAUGUGAAGGCUCAGCUGAGGGUUACUAGAGAUAGACAAUAUUUUAAUAAGCCAGGUUUGAGGACUAGCCCUAUAUGCUUAUUUGCUGAGGUCUUGCUCCUUGUGGUUUGUAAAGUCGAAGUUAAUAUGGCCUUUGGCUCACCAUGAUCAUAUUCCCUGAUGAAGCUGCUUGUUGAUUCUGCCGUAUCUGAGUUCAGAUAGUGACCUUAUGAAUAUUCCCUCCCCAUAAGUGAAUAAGACUUUAUCAGGUUUGGUUGCUUCCCCUACGGAGGCAAGAUUCUCAAUGUCAGAGGUAAGUAAAGUCAGUCCCUCAGAUGCUGCCAGAUCGGGAUUCCCAAGGUCCUUUGCUAUCAGCUGUGCUGCCUGAGAUUGCUGGGAGCCACAGUCCAACAGCAUCUGGAGGUCCACGCUUUGUCCCUUCCCCAUCAUCAGAUUGCAUUGUUGCAAGUUAAAACAAAACAUCAGUGCCCUCACUGAGCAACUGAUCUGAGUUUGCAGAGGGAAGGAACAGGGUCUCUUCUUUUGCAGAGUCCGGGAUUGCUCCUGCUAUUAGUAAACUGAUCGCCCCCACUCUGGGUUCAUAACAAAAUCUCUUUGGCAGAAACUGGUUGGCAUACAUUCAGCUUAGCCAUGAAUUGGGCUGUGUAUGUGUGUGUGCUAAUUGUCAGCCAAUACAAUUAGGCCCUUUUGAUUAUGAGUUCCAAAUGGCUUCCCAACACAAGUCAUCAUAAGAUUGAAAAGUGACUUGAGUCCUGCCAUUUCCUUUAAAGCAGGCAACUGUUGGCCUCCAUAUGUUAUUCUAUAAGCCCUUAGACAAUGUGAUCGGUGGUAAACCAUUAUGAAAGUUGCAGUCCAAAAACAUCUGGAGUCACAGUUGACCCCCCAUGACCCCCCCACAACAAACGCAGAAAUGGCAAUGCAGAUAGAAUUAUCUUUCCUGGAGCUGGGCAGACUUCAGCCUGUUCUUCCCCCCUCUGCAUUUUUUAAAAACUAGAAUCAUGAGAUCUACAAACCAGAGCCUUGGCACUUGGAAUUCAACAGCCCUGAGCCCAGGGAAUUGGUCUGAGAACAAGAACAGAGUACAACCCAUGGUCCGUCCAUCCACACGUUGAUUUCUGGUCAUCUGAAACUCUCUAACUUUCCGCAGUUUCUUGGGGAGAUGUGGCCCUAAGUGUGGUCAGAUAUCUAAAUCAAGUAGGCAAACAGGUGACUGGGCCAACUGAAGAUGCAGAAGGAGACAUGUGUUGCCCAGACUGAGGAACAUGAAAGAUUUCUUUAGCAUAACUUGGUUGGUUGUGUGGGGAUCAUCUUUCUCUUGAGAUCAGGAGGAGGAUGAACUACUGUCCUAGUGUCUUAACUGUUUGCUGCUGUCUGCUCCAACCAGCAGGGGUUGCUCAGUGAACAGGGAGAUGCUUGUUGUCCUGUAAUGUUUCUCCUUUGAAUCCUGCAACACUGAGUUCCUUUAUGGCCACAAGAACCCAGGAGAAUACAGCAAUUGGAAAAGUUUGGGGGUUUGGACUACAGCUCCCAGAAUUCCCCUAACGAGCAAGGCUGCUGGCUGUAUGAUCUGAGGAUUAUGGAGUUGUGUUCAAAAAAAUAGUUUUUUCAAGCUCUGGAAACUAGAAUUCUUUCCCCUGCCCCAAAAUUCAUGGUAAUGGUCGGGAGAUCUGAAAAAUCUGACUGCACUGUAGUCUGUUUUAAUCUAUUUAUGGUGAGUCAUUCCAGGUUCUGGAAUGGCAAAUGGCAUGCUGUCUCUCAAGUUGAAGAGAAUUCUCCUCAGGGUGAAGGACAGCAAACUAAUCUGGACAAUCCAAUCAGGUGUGUGUUGGCACAGGGAAAAAGCUCAAGAACCAUUAAUACUUAAUGGCUCCUUGUUAGAGCUUGGGAAAGCUGCUUUUUGAACUACAGUUCCCAGAAUCCCCAUCCUCAGCACAGCAUGGCUACUGUAUGUAGCACGCCUGGAAGUUUAGAAAAAGGAGGAGCCACAUCAUUAUAUCCAAAAUCCUUCCCAGGCUUAGCCAGCACCCGUGGAAGAUGCUGUUUACUAAGGAUACAGAUACUUGUGAGCUUAGCUGACAGCUUGGCAGCACCUGGUGAAAUCUUGGUUUCCUUCAGCUUUAGGCUGUUUUCUUCUCAAGGGUAUCACUUUUUUAAUCUAGCUAUUUAAAAAAUAUGGUAGUAAGCUCGUUAGGAAGGUAAGAUAGCAGAAAUUGCAUUUUCAUGACAUGGGUGGUUCUUUAAUUUAUAACAAAAUAACCUAUUGGAUUGAUUUGUCAUCAUUUGUGAAAUACAGUUUUUAGAAUAUGUAUGUAAAUGUUAUUUUCCAAUUAGUUUUAUCCAUUUUACAUGGAACAAACUUGUGUCAGACAUAGAAUUACAGUUGUAUUGGUUUCUUCUCUCUACCCCCUUCCGUCUCCAGAUCUCUUCUUUAUUGUAUGUAUAAAUAAGAACAGAAAUAAUGCAUCUGGAGAACUUUCUAAGACAAAGUGUGAAUAUUAUUUUUAUGAGUCCUUUCUACAGUAUUCCAAAACAAACUAAUAAAAAAAUCAGUAUUCGUGUAA